GCAGCUCUCAUUCCAUGCUAAAGGCAAACUUUCAUCAUGGACUCUUCUGAGUUGGUCUUCACUGUGCUUGGGGCAGGCGUUGCCUUCUACUAUAUUCUCAAAACCGUGAGACUGCUGAAAGUUCUAUUUCCAAAAUUCUGGUACACUUUGCCUGGAGAUUUUUUCACUUCCAUGGGAGAGUGGGCUGUGAUCACUGGAGGGUCUGAUGGAAUCGGCAAAGCAUAUGCCCUUGAGCUAGCCCAGCGGGGAAUGAAUGUGGUUAUUGUUAGCCGAAGUAUUGAAAAACUAAAUAAUGCUGCAAAAGAAAUAGGAAAGGCUACUGGCAAACGUGUUAAAGUUUUGGCGGUCGAUUUUACCAAAGACCAUGUGUGUGAGUCCAUUGAGAAAAGCCUAGAAGACCUGAAUAUCGGAGUUUUAGUUAACAAUGUUGGCAUGCUGCCCUCACCCCUCCCCUGCAAGUUCCUCGAUAUGACCACUCUGGAGCAGACACUCAAUGACGUGGUAAACUGCAAUACAAAAUCGAUGAUGCAGAUGUGCAGAAUUGUACUUCCUGGGAUGGAGGAAAGGGGGAAAGGUGUCAUUCUGAAUGUGUCUUCUGGAAUGGCUGCCAUCCCCUUUCCCACAUAUACGCUCUACACAGCAUCAAAAGCAUGUGUUGAGACAUUCUCACAAGGCCUUCAAGCUGAGUACAAAGCAAAAGGAAUCAUUAUACAGACAGUGUGUCCUUUUGGGAUAUCCACUAAUAUGACUGGCUACCAAAAACCAGAUCUAAUCACCUACACACCAGAGGACUUUGUGAAGACAUCACUCGCCUACUUGAAAGCAGGAGACAAGACAUUUGGGAGCAUCGCUCAUACAAUAAUGGGCUGGAUUAUACAGACAGUGCCUAUUCAGUAUUUCCAAACAGAGAAGAUGCAAGAACAGCUGAUUGAGUUUGUUAAAGGAAGAACUGGGAUAACAACAUAGUAAUUUAGAUGAGAAAUGUUUGAGGUUUAGUCCUCCAUUUUUCAGCUCCAGAUGUUUGUACAUAUCACUGCGAAGCAUUUAUAUUACCUAUGUACUUUUUGAUAUCACCCAUCCAAACCAUAUAUACUAUAGCUGUACUUACACUCUAUUCAACCUCACAUUACAUACAGCUCUGGAAAAAAUUAACAGAUUACAGAUUACUGGCCUGUCAGUUUUAAUAGUAGGCUACUGCUAGUUGAACAACAUAGCUAAAGUUUACAAACCAGUUCAAUGACAUCAGUUGCUUGAUUAAGGUUAAAAACAUUUUAAACCCUUUUCCCGUUUGCUGGAAGGAGUGGCACAACUUUUUUUACAAAGUCGGUCUACAUUACCAUGAGAUGAAGUCCUGAAGACAAUGACAAUAAAAAAAAAGGCAUAUUUGCCCAUGUUUAAUGUAAACAGGAAGUUGAUAUACAGUAUGCCAGUACAAGCAAAUCCAUAAUGGAGUUCUGCAUAGAGCCUAUUCAAAAUUAAGAGACCACUGCAAAUUUGAAUAUGACCAUCAACUUAUUCGAAUGUCACUCAGCAACCGUAGGAUGACAGAGAAAUUUGCAGUGGUAUCUUCAUUUUUUCCAGAGCUGUAUAUACAAUAUGUGAGUUCCCUUGCAUUUGGCACACACCCUGAUCUUCAAACAAAAAGAUCAAUGGCAACUACUUAUUUAUCACUGUAUAACAAGACUCUCAAGUUAGAAACUACAGGUUUGUUUUUUAGAUUAGAUUAGAUUAAAUUCAACUUUAUUGUCAUUGUGCAGAGUACAAGUACUUUAGGGCGCAUCUUGAUUUCUAGGCUAGAGUACAAGUACAAAGACAACAAAAUGCAAAAAAAGCAGAAAAUGCAAUGUGAUAUACAAAGUAAAUAUAUUUUUUCUGUUUCCUUUUAUGUCAUGGCCUACUGACUUAGGUUUUUGGUGUGUUUUUUAUGUUUAAUAUGUUUGCUUUUGUUAAGUAACAUAAAAUGCUUAUCGAAAAUA